UGAUUGCAUAUCAAUUAAUUGGUUGUUUGGAUGAUUGACAUGUGUGAAGACAAUUGAAAACAAUUUAAGACAAUUUGAGGACAAUAUGACUCAAGACAGUCAUGAUAUCAACUGUGAAAUUAUCUUCAAAACCAAACUCAAAGUUCUUGAACUAUACUCAGGAAUCGGAGGAAUACAUUACGCCAUCAAAAAUCUACCACUUGAUUGUUACGAAGUGAUAGCCAUCGACAUCAACACAACUGCCAACUCUGUCUAUAACCACAAUCAUUGCAAAGAUGAUAACUGUCAACAAUUGUCGAGAAACAUAUUAUCGAUAAAUGACCGGCAAAUGAAUGAAUGGGACAUUGAUUUGUUGACAAUGAGUCCUCCGUGUCAACCAUUCAGCAGAUUAGGUUUGAGACGUGAUGUCGACGACAACAGAAGCGAUUCAUUUGUACAUCUGAUGAAUAUUUUUCAUAAAUUAAGAAAUUAUCCAAAAUAUGUUUUGGUUGAGAAUGUCAAAGGAUUUGAGACAUCAAAUGCCAGACAACUUUUGAUACAAACUCUGACUUCUUGUGACUAUCGAUAUCAAGAGUACUUGUUAUCACCGAAUCAGUUAAAUAUUCCGAAUUCAAGAUUAAGAUACUAUUUAAUUGCCAAACAUAACAAAGACUUUAAUUUCAAAACAAUUAACAAUCAAUUGAUGACAACAUUCCCGUCAAUUGAUUCAAACAAAUUGUGUACAUUUUGUAGUAAAAACUUGUGCUUUCCGUAUGAAAUAUCAAUGAAACCGAUUGACAAUUAUUUGCAACAAUUGGAUGACAAAGAAAUAGAAAAUUAUUAUUUAUCCGAUAAAAUACUAAUCAAGUAUUUUAUGAUUUUAGAUAUUGUAAAAAGUGAUUCAUUUAACACAAAUUGUUUCACUAAAGGUUAUUCCCAUUACAUUGAAGGCACCGGUUCUGUACUAAAGACUACUGAUUAUGAUUUGCAACACAUUUGUCAACAGAUCAAUGAAUGUCAAACUGAUAGCCAAAAGUUAUUGAUAUUAAGAUCACUUAAUCUUCGAUUUUUUACGCCCAAAGAAGUGGCAAAUUUAAUGUCAUUUCCAUCAGAAUUCGAUUUUCCAAUCAAUUUAACAAUGAAACAGAAGUAUCGACUGUUGGGAAACUCAGUUAAUGUUAAAGUAAUUGAAUUUUUACUUAAAUUACUUUUA